AGCCUCCUGGGAGGUGUAGUUAUUUCACGGUAGCUAGGGGUUAGAGAUCUGUAGUCAAGGACUACAUUUCCCGAGUGCACCUGCAGCAGUUGAGGCUGGGCGUUGGGUUUUUUUUUUUGGUUGGGUUAAGUCCUAGCCGCCUGGGAGGCUGCGACGGUGUCGUGGGUUCGAGGCUAGUUCUGGUCUCGGUAGCAGACGGGAAGGAAUCAGUUUUCUCCCAGGACAGCAGUGGUGUCGAGAUCCGCGGUGAUUGACGUCUGUUUGGAAACAGGGUAUUGUGUGUUCCUUUCUUAAAAUUGGAUUGGUUGUACACAGAUAGACUUGGAGGAAACAAUGAAUAAAGAUGCACAAAUGAGAGCAACCAUUAACCAGAAGCUCAUUGAAACAGGAGAACGGGAACGCCUUAAAGAAUUACUGAGGGCCAAAUUAAUUGAAUGUGGCUGGAAAGACCAGUUGAAGGCACACUGUAAAGAUGUCAUCAAAGAAAAAGGACUAGAACAUGUCACUGUUGAUGAUUUGGUGGCAGAAAUUACUCCAAAAGGCAGAGCCUUGGUACCCGACAGUGUAAAGAAAGAACUUCUACAGAGAAUAAGAACAUUCCUUGCUCAACACGCCAGCCUUUGAUUUCUUUCAUUGAGCCUUACCAUGUUGUGUUAAGUGAAUCAUGCCAGAAACUGGAAGACAUUUUUCCAUGCUUUAGGGUUAAACGUUCACUUCUUUUUUAAAAAAAAAAAUGUUUAGUUACUGGAAGCGUACUUUGCUACAUUGAUUUCUUAAUCUUGCUAUUUUAAUAAAAAAUAAAAUGAAAUUA